AGGGACGUGGCGUCUCCUCAGCACGUUUGCUGUGGGAGUCGGUUCCGUUGGCGACCGACGUCGGCGCGCUCGCGCUCUGUCUCUCCCCGCCCCCGCGAGUCAGGCAGAAGCGCCGGAGAGGAGAAAGGCGCCAUGUCCGUGCCUCCCGCCGGGUUUCCCCCGCCGCCCCUGGUGCCCACAGCCGCCAGACCCUCUCUUCCAGGCGGGUCCAACGCGCUCCCCGCGAACCCGGGCGGCCCGGAGAACGUGCGGCUUUGCCAGAACGGUCCAGUGCAGAAUCAGAUGCAGUUUCCCUCUGUGUAUGGCUCAUAUCCUCAAAGCUAUGGCAUUCCUUCAGGACGCUACUCAGAAGUGCCCAAUAAAGCUAUCGCUUCACAGCUGGAUAACCACUAUCGUGCCGAUUAUUACUCUGCCUACUACUCAGUACCAGCACAAAAUGUAAUUACAUCUUCUGUGACUCCCAUUGUGGCAAGUACACAAGGGUUGCAACACUUAUACAGUAGGGUUCCUCAUACGGUGGAAUCAUCAGGACCCAUCCAAGGAAUGGUUUCUUCUGCAUCCCAAUUACAUAACAGCGUUUCACAGUCUUAUUCUUCGUUUGUUAGCCCAUACAGUUCUUCAGCCUUGCAGUCUGCCAGCUCUUCUGUUCCGUCUCAGGGAUUUGUUGCUCCUUCUGGUCACUAUGCUAUGCCCUCUGUCUCCAGUGCUGCUUAUUCUAAUGUUUCAUAUGCUCCUGUGUCCAUUGGCGCUCCAUAUGGACAAGUGCCUACUUCUCACAGUGUACCAGCUCUUGGACAUCCUAAAGAGGCAAAUGCCCAAUCUAGUCAAAGCAGAACAGCACCUACAGUGCAACAGAAAGUUCCGUUGGGAUAUAAUUCUGCAUCAUGGUCUACUCCGGAACUCCAGUCAACUGAAGGGAGUCGUGGUGGAAGUUUUGCAGGAUCUUUGCCUAGAGCAGGCAAUCCAAUGAGUACAGGACCACCACAUCCUGUAAACCAGAAUGUUCAGCCUACAAGUACUACCCAACGAACGCGUUCCACUGUGACUUCUUCAGAAAGAACACCUGGUGUAGAGAAAAUAACAAAGCCUACCCUUGCCUCCUCGAUUACACAGCCACCAGAGUCAUUACUACAUGAAGGCAUGCAGUAUGGUGGAUAUGUUAAUAACCAAGCUAGCUCUCCAGCAACUCCCUUGUCAUCAAGUACAGAUGAUGAGGAAGAGGAUGAGGAGGAUGAGGAAGCAGCUAUUGACAGCUCUUCCACUACUAGUAGUGCAUCUCCUGUUCCCAACAAUUACGAUAACCUUGAAGGAGGUGGCUAUCCAGACGCACGAUCCACAAGUCCAGCUCCUGUUUCUUCUUCAGUUUCCCAGCCAUCGAAACCCUCUAAACCUUUUGGCUAUGGGUACCCUGCUCUCCAACCUGGCUAUCAGAAUGUAACACCUCCACCUGCCAUGCAGCCAAAUAGCUCUGGAUAUAAUUCUGGAUUUCCUCAGUACCCACAGCAAUAUCCCACAAUGAAUCAACUUUCUGCUAGUCUUGGAGGACUAGGUCUACAGCAGGCUCAGCAGCCAGAGAGCUUAAGACCAGUCAACCUUACUCAAGAUAGAAAUAUUCUGCCUAUUGCUCCAGUUCCUGCUCCUGUGCCUAAUUUGAACUCAGAUCUGAAGAAGCUGAACUGCAACCCGGAUUCAUUUCGAUGCACCUUGACAAAUAUCCCUCAGACUCAGGCUUUGCUAAACAAAGCAAAACUUCCUUUGGGAUUGCUUCUACAUCCUUUCAGAGAUCUAACGCAGUUACCUGUGAUAACAUCAAGUACCAUUGUGAGAUGUAGGUCAUGCAGAACAUACAUCAACCCUUUUGUUUCCUUUAUUGAUCAAAGGAGGUGGAAAUGUAACCUGUGCUACAGAGUUAAUGAUGUUCCAGAAGAAUUUAUGUAUAAUCCUCUGACACGAUCAUAUGGUGAGCCUCACAAACGGCCAGAAGUGCAAAACUCUACAGUGGAGUUCAUUGCUUCUUCAGAUUACAUGCUUCGUCCACCUCAGCCCGCGGUGUAUUUGUUUGUAUUUGACGUGUCCCACAAUGCAGUAGAAGCUGGAUAUUUGUCAAUUGUAUGCCAGUCUUUGCUGGAAAAUUUAGACAAGUUGCCUGGAGAUUCAAGAACAAGAAUAGGCUUCAUAACGUUUGACAGCACUGUUCAGUUCUACAAUUUGCAGGAAGGAUUAUCACAGCCUCAGAUGCUAAUUGUCUCAGAAAUUGAUGAUGUCUUCCUACCCACACCUGACAGCUUACUCGUUAAUCUGCAUGAAAGUAAAGAGCUAAUUAAAGACUUAUUGAAUGUGCUACCAAAUAUGUUCACCAACACACGGGAAACACACAGUGCGUUAGGUCCUGCCCUUCAAGCAGCCUAUAAACUGAUGUCUCCUACAGGUGGGCGGGUAUCUGUGUUUCAGACACAAUUACCAUCCUUGGGCUCAGGGCGCUUGCAGUCAAGGGAAGAUCCCAAUCAAAGAUCAAGCACAAAGGUUGUUCAGCACCUUGGCCCAGCAACAGAUUUUUAUAAGAAGCUGGCACUAGAUUGUUCAGGACAGCAAACUUCUGUGGAUUUGUUUCUUUUAAGUUCACAGUAUUCAGAUCUAGCAUCUCUUGCUUGCAUGUCCAAAUACUCUGCUGGAUGCAUCUAUUAUUAUCCAUCUUUCCAUCAUAGCCUCAACCCAAUUCAAGCAGAAAAAUUGCAGAAAGAUCUUAAAAGAUAUCUUACUCGAAAGAUUGGGUUUGAAGCAGUCAUGAGAAUAAGAUGUACAAAAGGCCUUUCAAUACAUACCUUUCAUGGUAACUUCUUCGUGCGAUCUACUGACUUGCUCUCACUUGCUAAUGUCAAUCCUGAUGCUGGGUUUGCAGUACAGAUGUCCAUUGAAGAAAGCCUGACAGACACAUCAUUAGUGUGUUUUCAGACAGCACUUUUAUAUACUUCAAGCAAAGGUGAACGGAGAAUUCGAGUGCACACACUCUGUUUGCCUGUGGUCACUUCAUUGUCAGAUGUUUAUGCUGGUGCAGAUGUACAAGCAAUUGUGUGCCUCUUGGCUAACAUGGCUGUGGAUCGUUCAGUUUCAUCAAGUCUUUCAGAUGCAAGGGAUGCCUUAGUAAAUGCAGUGGUCGAUUCACUGUCUGCUUAUAUGUCAACUGUAUCAAAUCUCCAGCCAACUGCUUUGAUAGCUCCAAAUUCCCUCAGGCUGUUUCCUUUGUAUGUGUUGGCUCUCUUCAAACAGAAAGCAUUUAGAACUGGCACCAGUACACGCUUAGAUGAUCGUGUGUAUGCUAUGUGUCUAAUAAAAAGUCAGCCUCUGGUUCACUUGAUGAAGACGAUACAUCCCAAUUUGUACAGGAUAGACAGACUCACGGAUGAGGGUGCAAUACAUGUCAAUGAUAGAGUUGUACCCCAGCCCCUUCUUCAGCGACUGUCUGCAGAGAAAUUGACAAGAGAAGGAGCUUUUCUUAUGGAUUAUGGCCCAGCAAUGUAUAUAUGGAUUGGAAGAAGCUGUGAUAAUAACUUCAUAAAAGAUGUCCUUGGAUACCCUAACUAUUCAUCUGUACCACAGGGACUGACACAGCUUCCAGAAUUAGAUACUCUUUCUUCAGAACGAACUAGGUCAUUUAUAUCCUGGCUUAAGGACAGUAAACCUCUAAGCCCAGUCCUUCAAAUAAUAAAAGAUGAAAGUCCUGCAAAGGCAGAUUUUUUUCAAUAUUUAGUUGAAGACAAAACGGAGGCAGCAUUCUCUUACUAUGAAUUUUUGCUGCAUAUUCAACAACAAAUUUGUAAGUAAAAGAAGAAGAAACAAAAAGAAAUUGUGGACUCUUACUCAAAUAGCAGCUGUGAAAGUGUUAAAACCAGGCAUGAUUUCUUCAAUGUCCAGGACAAAUAACCAUAUUUAAAACAUUUCAGCUGAAAGGACAAAAUACACUUUUCCAGAUGAAUUUUACAGAUUUGCUUCAGUCUAAAAAUGAUGGCUUUGAUGCAGUUUUAAUAAUAUAUUUUAAGUUGGUUUAUAUGCAUUUCUAAUAGUGCAGCAAUAUGGUGCUUCUGUUCAUUUCAAGCUGGUGGAUUUAGCUGUUGAAUUUUUGUAGCUGUGUGGAAUGGUAUUUCUUAAUGGAAUCUAAAAUCAGAGCUUUCCCCCUCUAACUCUUCAUAUCCCAGCCUUGCCUCUAGCAGAGAUGCCAAAGUGCAGUGCUCCAUGCUGUUUAUAUGAAUUUGUAAAAUAAAUAAUUCAUAUUUGAAAACUUCACUGUUUUCUCUGUGAAGACUAUAUAAUUGCAAUACAGAAUACAUGACUUGUAGAAAUAUAUAAUGUACAGAAGUGCUACAUUUGUAAAAAAAAAAAUGUAAAACUAACUACAGAGUAUGAAUUGCUUAGUGUGCUGCAGUGUUGGUGAUUCAAUGAUAAAUCACUAUAUCAGUUAAAGAAUAAAGUAGACUAAUACAUAUUAAAACCGAAAUCUGAAUCCACAUAAGAAAAAAUGCAACUUUGUAAUUCAUUUAAAUUAAUCCUUUUAUGUGGAUUUAUUUAUGAUCAGCUGAUUAAAAGUAUUUUGCUUGAUCAUGUGUUUUUAUAUCUGUGAUACAUUUUAGAUACUAACAGUGAAUUUGGCUUGCUGUAUUAAGAAAGGAUGUUUACUACUUUAUUGUAUAGAUUCCUCAAAAAAGGAUAAAUUCAGUGGAUUGAAAUUGGGGAUUUGAAUGCAACCAGUUUGUGAUGCUACCUAGCAAAAUGAUAGUCUUACUUAACUCUGGUUUAUUUUAUGUACCCUGCAUUGGUUGUGGUUCUAGGUUCCUCAUUUUUUUUUUUGCUACCAUGAGACAUUAAAGAAAAUUAUAUUUCAUUUCCAGGUGGGAGUUGUUUCAGCACAUGAUCUGAAUACUGGCCUGGGUUUAUCCUAAUGUUCCUUUUUCAGUUCUAGUGCUUCACAGACAUGGCUGUAAUUCUGUAGGGCCUAUGUGCAAUGGGGGAUCAUGCCAGCCUACUUGAUGUGCCAAUUGUAAGAGCCAGUUUUCAGGAGCAGCAAAUUACACAUUAAUCCCUCCUUGAAUGUGUGAUCCAGGGUGCUGCUCUUAGGCAGGGUAAUACUAAUUCUUUACCAUGUGUAGGCACUACAUUAUUGGAACCAUGCCUGAUCUUAAACCUAGUUGGUUUAAGCAUGUAUUAAAUGAGUAAUUGAACAAGCCACCUAUUUUUAAAACAACACAUUUCUUUCUUUUAAGAGACAAAUACUAAUACACUUGCGUAAAUAUAUAUAUUGGUGCCCCAGUAUGUUUUCACCUGUGCACAAAUGCUCUUAUGCAAUAUAAUUAUGUUUAAUUAUUUUACCGUCUUACCUAAUCGUAUGGGUAAAUAUUUGUGAAUCUACCUUAAUCUUAAUUUUGGGAAAGCAUGCCAAAGGAUUUGUUGGAAUAUCACUUGCUUGUUUGGUUUUAUUUAUGGCACAUUUUUAAACUUGUCUAAAAGCAUAAAAAUGUUUUCAAAGAAGCUGUUCCCUUACAGUUUUUAAGUUAGUAUGUCCCAAAGGUCACAUUUUGGAAGGGGAGUGAAAAGACAGAUUGGAUGAAAAUGUAUGUUAUGGGUCCAUAAACGUGUCCAGUAUAUUACUGUAAUUUAAACAAACAAGUUAUUUUGGAAUAAAACAAUUUUUGUGAGCUUAGUGCUGAAUAUCCAAAAACAUCCAAAGCCAUGCUGUAUGGUAAAUGAUCUGUAAAACCAUUACUUAAAAGUUUUAUUCUUCUACAUUUUUGUAUAUAAAAUUGUUAUAAAAUAUAUUUGAGAAGUA